AUUAACCAGUUCCAAUUUGUGGUCUAGGCAAGGAUGAUGUUGGCCAGCUUGUUGAACCGAUUUUGACAGUUAGAUCGCGACGGAUUGUUUGUGUUGUUGUUUGGGGGAAUCCCAUGGGAUCAUCGCAUCGUACAAACGAUAAAUUGACAUCUAGUGCCCAGUGCCAUUACAGUCUAUGAAGGGUUCCGUUCCAGCGGCGUGGAGGGUGGAUGUGACCGGAGGGACUGACUUCUUGAGGAUCCCACGUUGACUUCUGACAAAUUUCAAGGUGAGUAGAUAGUUCCGAUCAAAAUGCACCAAAAGUACACCGACGUAGCCAAAGAGCCGUCUCCAACUGAACUAAACCAUAGCGUCGUCCUGUAUACUGAGAUAAGCCUGUGAUAAGCCUGCAGUUUUAUCGAGACCUUAUCAGUGGAGAUGAAAUGCUGAUCAAAUAAACUGCGGCGGAUCAAGAUUGAAUGCAGCAUUGCGUGCCAUUGUCGAACAUAGGUGCUCAGGUCUAGCACGGUGAAAAUGGGUGUCUUGUGGAGAAAACGCUCGGUCUUGCUCAAGAUAGUGGUAGUGGGAACGACGGUGUGGUUCACGAUAGCGUUCUUGUUGUACAGUGAUAAUAACAGGAGUGAUGAGACUGUGGUGGAGGAAGUGAUGAAUGACUUGAGGCAUCGGGAGUACGAGGGAAGGGAUAAUAUACCGAUAAGGCCGAUGCCGCUGAAGCAGGAGGAAACAAAAAUGAACGAGGUGGAGAGGAAGGAGUCUGAUAGUGUCCUUUUGCCACCCCAGAACAUGGCAGGGGAGAUGGGCAAGCCGGUGGUACUGCCUGCGAAUCUUUCGAAGGAUGUCAAGGCUAUGGUUGAUCUGGGUUGGAAAAACAACGCAUUCAAUCAAUACGUCAGUGACAUGAUAAGUGUUCACAGAAGUUUGCCAGAUCCAAGAGACGAAUGGUGCAAGGAACCUGGCAGAUUCUCAGAAGACCUCCCCAGCACUUCCGUAAUAAUAUGUUUCCACAACGAAGCGUGGUCUGUGCUCCUGCGUACUGUACAUUCCGUACUGGACAGAUCGCCGGCCAAUUUGAUCGAGGAAGUUGUUCUCGUCGACGAUUUCUCCGACAUGGAACACUUGAAGGAGCCGCUGGAGGAAUAUUGGGCCAAAGAACCCAAAGUCCGUAUCGUGAGGGCUAAGAAGAGAGAAGGAUUGAUUAGAGCUAGGCUUCUGGGGGCGAGAAAAGCCAGAGGGAAAGUCCUGACCUACCUAGAUUCCCACUGCGAGUGUACCGUGGGAUGGUUGGAACCACUCCUAGACAGGAUAGCGAAGAACUCUACCACCGUUGUGUGCCCGGUGAUCGACGUCAUCGACGAUACCACCCUCGAGUACCACUACCACGACAGCGGCGGCGUGAAUGUCGGUGGUUUUGACUGGAACCUCCAGUUCAACUGGCACGCAGUGCCUGACAGGGAGAAGAAAAGACACAAGGACUCGGCGGAACCAGUAUGGAGCCCAACCAUGGCCGGUGGGCUCUUCAGUAUCGACAGGGAAUUCUUCGAGAAACUUGGCACCUACGACGAGGGUUUCGACAUCUGGGGAGGUGAAAACUUGGAACUGUCCUUCAAGACUUGGAUGUGUGGAGGCACCUUAGAAAUCGUCCCGUGUUCCCACGUCGGUCAUAUUUUCAGAAAAAGGUCACCCUACAAAUGGAGGAGCGGCGUUAACGUCCUCAGGAGGAAUUCUGUGAGAUUGGCAGAGGUUUGGCUCGAUGAAUACGCGAAAUACUACUACCAGAGGAUAGGUAACGACAAGGGAGAUUUUGGCGACGUGUCUUCGCGUAGAAGGCUUAGGGAGAGGCUGGGAUGCAAAAGCUUCAAGUGGUUCCUGGACGAAAUAUACCCGGAACUUUUCAUCCCGGGAGAGGCUGUCGCCAGUGGAGAGAUCCGAAACAUGGGAAUGGGCGGUAAAACCUGCUUGGACUCUCCGGCUCGCAGGAGCGAUCUGCACAAGCCCGCAGGACUCUACCCUUGCCAUAGACAGGGUGGAAAUCAGUUCUGGAUGUACAGCAAAGCCGGUGAGAUACGGAGGGACGAGGCUUGCCUGGACUACAGCGGUCAGGAGGUCAUCCUGUACCCUUGCCACGGCAGCAAGGGCAACCAGUAUUGGGAAUACGACCCAGACACGAAGCUGCUGCGGCACGGGAGCUCCAACAAGUGUCUGGCCAUCAACGAGUCGAAGACUAAGCUCCUGAUGGAAUCCUGCGACAGCGACGUUGCCAGACAGAGCUGGUCUCUGGAGAACUACGACCCAAAGAAGUUGUGAUUUCUGACGGUGGAGAAUCAGUAUUGACUGGAUAGGUAUGGGGUGCGUACCGGUAUCGGUAGAAUUGAGGUUAGGUAACGCUGAGGUUCAAGUAUUUUAUAUCAUGUAAAAUUUGAUGUACAUAUCCCGCUUGUAUAUCAAUUUAUCUCGAAUUUUUAUCAUUCCAACGUGUACGUAUCACUUUUCGACUGUUUCAUCUACAAAGAUUGCCAUAUACGAUAUAAAUUCCACUGUACCAUAUCAGGACUGCUAGAGGUACCAAUCUUUAAGUUUGUGAUUUUUAAAGUGAUCCAUUCGUAUUUGAGGACUUUGUAUACCCGCAAUUAUAUAUUAUAUAUUAUUAUUUUAGUGUAUAUAAAAUUCGCAUUGUAAGCUAGGAUGUUGUAUAAAUUCAUGGUUUUAUAUUUUCUAGGCUUUCGUUUUAGACUAAGAUAGAAUAAACUAGGUACAUUCCGUAUUUUAUAUUUCGAUGAUUUUUAUUGUUGUUCCUGGAGUAGGUAUUGGAGUCAAUUUUGAAGUGUGUGAUUUGCUCAAAUGUAUAUUUCGAAGAUCUAAUUUUUUUAUAUUUUCAUUUCGCUCAUUCCAUUCACAUAUCAACAUAUCAUUAUAUUUUGAAUCUUUUCUUCUGUAAUCCAAAAUAUAGUAUUUGUGUGGCUCCUUCUGUUUCAACUUUUACAUGAAUUAACGAAUAAGGAUGAACGGCUUUCUGUACUCCCUCGAAUUGUUUUUAGAUUUUUCAAAUUGGGAAUAACUCAUUAGUGGCCAUAUUUUUCGUCAUCGAAAGUUUUUGGAGAGUACAGGAUGUUUUUCAAUAGAUGUGAGGCCAGUCAAUCUGUAUAAAUUAAAAUAUUCUUGAAAUGUGCCUUAAUUUUCCUGUAUAUUAAAAGUUGAAUAAAUAUGUUAUAAAAAUUC